GUGGAUCCAGUGACUGGGCUGCUGGCCCCAGUAGUUGGAGCAAGGCUGGAUGUGCCCACCAAAAACGUUGUGCCUCUAACAUUGUCAUUCUGGCUGAUGACGGCAGAGCAAACUGAUGGUGUACAAGUGGAGGCGCUGCAGAGGGAAAUAUGUGUGAGAAACUCUUACUGGCAGCAGCAGAGGCAGCGUGAGGAAGACAUCCUCGUCGAUCUGGACUCAGCUUUAUGCCAGCAUCUCUUCAGUGUCUCAGAUGCAAAUUCUCAUCAGGUCCAGUGGUCAGGGAAGCAGCUGAAGGAGGCAGCUGUCGAGCUGCAGGAUACUGCACAAAAUGAGGUCCAGAGAAGAGCAGCUCAGUGCUCAUUCUUGGCUCUGGUCUUGCCCCCACAUGUCUUAAGCAUCCUUACCUGUGGCGAUGAAGAGGAAUGGGACCAGCAGUGUGGUUGGCACGCAGCCCUUAUGUCUGGCCUUGAUAAGCUGGAUGUGUGCAUGGAUCAGCUGCAACAAGACAAUGAGAAAUGGACGUCCCAGCCAGGAGACUGGUCUACAAAUCUCCAUGCGAUGGACAGAGAGCUCAGGCACAGAGAAUUAAGGGAGCAGUGUUGUUCCACACAGACAGCGGUGGAUUCUGCUCUCAUGUUGCUCCAUUUUGUCAGACAUGUGUCUCAGCUGCGUGCCAACACAGCCCAGGCAGUACUUUGUGGACAGUUUUGGUUCAAAGACUAUGGCCUGGUCCAAUGUAGUGACUAUAAGCCAAACAUCACCGUGAUGGCUCUGCUCCAACAGAGGGUUGUUCCUCUGCUUGAAAGAUUGAAUGUGCUCCUGGAAGAAAAACCUUCAACAGACCUGUUCUCCAACAUGUGCAACCAGCAAAUCUCCGGCUUGUCAAGAAAGCAGGAGUUUUGCUUGGAGAUCCCAUCCAGAGUGUGGACAACCUCUGUUCCAGCAGUGAAAGGGAGCUCGACUCAGUCUCUGAGAGGACCUGUGAAUGCUGCUGAAACCCAGGACGGCAUUUUCCAGAUCUGCUCACGACAGACUGAAUCGUCUGGCGUUCACUCUCAGGACAGUCAGCAGACAAAGGACCCUGUUCAGUUUACACAUACAGCCGUCACUGCUACUCCAGAGGAGCAGUGGAAGAGGCUGGUGGAGGUCUCUCCUCUCUUCCAGUUUUUAAGGGAUUUGGAACUGCGGCUGAAGGCCUGCGCUGGGAAGGCUGGUUUACUUGGACAAGAACUUAGUAACAGAGGAAACGGUUUUGUGGACGUCCUGGAUGCCCAGUGGGAAUGCGAAGGAGAGCUGAUCCCUUUGGACCUUUCAGUCCUAAAUCCCAGAGAGUUUCUGGUCCACCAGCAUGGAUUAUUCCUGAUUGACACACUGCAUAAUCUAAAACUGACUCCAGCGGUUUCACUUCAGGUAGCCGUGAGCCUGCCAAACAACAACUAUGUAGGCAACGCUUUCAGGAACUCUUUUUUUUAUCAGGAAGCAGAAGAAACACUCUUUGUCCGCCGUCAGAGGCUGCAGUGUGUCGGUGGUUUCUCUCUCAUGCUCCUUCACUGUCUCUCACACAUCAAAACCAAAGACAUGAGCGCCGACUUUAGUCCAGCCUUCCAGAGAAUUUUCUUCAAGACUCUACAGGACUGUUUGCAAGAGCUAUUUCAGGCCAGACUGGGCAUCCGUGCUGGACCGGAACCAAGUUUGUGUGUUGGGUUUCAGGAGCAGGGUGACCUAAAGGAGGCGCUGUCAGAUCCCCAUGCUGUCUCACUGCUUCAUAGGCUUCAUAAACCAAGCAGAGGACUACUGUCUGAAGAUGAGGUAGAGAAAAUGCUGGUGAAACACAGAGAAGCAUCUCUGUUGUCACAUCUUGGAGGAUUUCUGAGAGAGAGAAGCUCUGAAGCCAAAGGAGAACAGGAGGACACAGAGUGACUGAACAAACAACCAUCAUUAUCAAAUAUACUUGUGUAGACCCUACACUAUGUUAAGAGAUAUUGCUGAUAAAAUAAGAAUCAACAGAUGAGUUCAGAUGGAGGCCAUGUGAACAAAAUAAAAGGUCUGACUCCUAUCACUAUCAAAUAAUACUCAAAACUUUCAGGUUUCCAGGAACCUAAGUUUGGAGCGGUGGGGCAAGGGGAGGGACCCAAAAUGAAAACAAAAAAAAAAAAACAUGCUUGGUUCUGAAAGUCAGAAUCCUCAAUUCAAGUGAAUAAAAAGCAGCCAGACCAAAAUUUUAAUUUUGCGGUCCUUUUUUUUUUUUUUUUUUGCUUUUUAUUUUUUUAGGUACUGG